UUUGUCACAACAAGAGCGUGAAAAUCGCACCUCAGAUGUUCUGGUGGUUAUCUCAAGCACUCCGCUGACCUACAUAACAACGUGGAUGGAAAGAUCGACGUUAGAGAAAGCAUCUGAGUCCUGGAUGAUUAUAACAAAGCUAAAGAGCGCAGUGAUCACGAGCCGGUUGAUUUAUUUUGGUAAUGUAAGCAGUGCAGAUAGUGAUGGACACGCGCUCUGUAGCACUGCUGUCCUGUGUGAUCGAUAAUGUAGCAUAAUAUCAAACAGGAUAACGGAAGCGCUUUGGAGGAGUCGCGGUCUUACCCGCAUUUUUGUGGCUCAACCACCGCCUCGAGGGGACUAACCAAAAACCGUUGGUUUUACGCAAAUUAAAGCGGUAGCGCGCGACGACGGGAGAUUUAACAGCGUGUUGGAGAGCAAAAGCCGGAAUAAGCAUAACAGCGGUCGCAUCUUUGACCUCCGGAGUCAGCUUGGCAUCUACAACAGAUUUAUACACCACAAAGACACCGCAAAUACAGAACAGAAAUCAUGUCAUUGCAUAAAUCAUGCACUCGCUCUUCGUUAUUUGUUUCGACGGAGACACGAGGGUCGACAGGCCGCUGACCGUCACAAAGGGAAGCAGGACAGCAGCACCGCUGGGGGCUUUUUUGAACGCAAUAUUACUGGAGUUCACCUGCCAGAGAUCAUGUUGUCCAUCAUAGCAGCAGGGUCUGUGUUUUUCCCAGGCCUUUUCCUGUUGUCCAAGCAUUGUCUCAAAUCUGUUCCUGGACUGAGGUGGAACGAGGGGGAUGCAGUCAUUGUUUCAGCCCGGUUAGUGUCGUCCAUCCAAGCUAUUAUGGCUUCUACAGCUGGUUACAUCAUCUCCACAUCCUGUGAGGACAUCAUUGAAGACCAGCAUUGGCUGACCAGCUCCUACAUCCUUUUUGCUGUGCCAUACUUUGUGUAUGAUAUCUACGCAAUGUUCCUGUGUUACUGGUACAAGCUCCAGGUCAAAGGUCAUGAGGUGGACAACGGGUCCAAAUCCAAGGCUAUGGCAGUGUCUGGCUAUCUCCGCCGAGAGUUCCUCAUGGUCUUACAUCAUGUCGUCAUGGUCACCAUGUGCUUCCCCAUCUCUGUGUUCUGGAGGCAGGGAAAAGGCGAUUACUUCCAGGGUGUCAUGUUCCUGGCUGAACUCAGCACUCCAUCCGUCUGUCUAGGCAAAAUCCUCAUCCAGUACAAGCAACAGCACACACUUCUUCACAAAGUGAAUGGAGCUGUUAUGCUGAUCACUUUCUUCCUCUGUCGAGUCCUUCUCUUCCCCUAUCUCUACUACGUUUAUGGAAGGUAUGCCUCUAUCCCUUUCUACCGUGUUCCUUUUGUGGUGCCCUGGCAGUGUAAUCUCGGAGCGGCGCUCCUAAUGGCACCGCAGCUCUACUGGUUCUCCCUAAUCUGCAGGGGGGCACUGCGCCUGUUCACCGGCAGGUCCUCGCGGUCCCGCAGGCCGACAACUCCAGUGAAGCCCGAUUUCGAAGGACAUGUGGCGUUGCCUCAGCAAGCCAAUGGAUACAGUACACAAACGGUGGGUCGGGACAUGCCCACAAUGUCGCACUGAAGGGAGGAGCUAAUGUGAACAAGGCUAUGCAGACAGUAUGCAAAAGAGGAAUGGAUGAAUGCAAUGGUGAAGCAGAAGAGGAAGGGCAGGGUGGCAAGGUUAUAGUGCAUAGAAUGAUUAAAGAGGUACUGAAAUAGACUACAUGAACUGAUUCCCUGUACCACAUUACAGCACAGCAUUAUGUUUAGUUACAGGGCUUGUGCACUGUAUAUAAGACUUGCUUUAGUAGAUCAAGAGAAGCUAUGCUGACAAAAAAAUCUAAAAUGGAAGUGGCUACACAAUAGUCAGACUUGUGUCCAAUACACAUGUUUGAGCAACUGAGGCAAUAAGUGCACAUUUUCUGUGAGAAGAUUUCUGAAGCAAGUGAAGCACUUUUUGUUUGAGGCAUUUUGCUUUGGUUAAGGAAUGUCAAAACUGCGGGCUGAGUUCUGUUCUUUGCGUAGAUGACUUCAGUGUUGCGAAUGCAUUGUUCUUAAGAGAAGCCCUAAAUUACUUACGGUACAAUUUAUAUUUAGCACUGGUCUGCAAUGAGCAACCCAAGGCAUCAGGCAUUAUCAAGCUUUACUGUCUCUACAGUAUAGAACAAGCUGGUUUAGUUAAAGGAAUAGUUCACCCAUGAAUACAAAUUCUGUCAUCUUUUACUCACCCUCAUGUUGUUCCAUACCUGUGUGCUGUUAUUCUUUCUGUGGAAAACAAAAGUAAAAUUUUUGAAGAAUCUUCACACAGCUCUUUUCCAUAAAACAUGUUUUAUGAAAGUGUAUUGUGACCAAGACUGUCAAGCUCUAAAAACGGCAACAGAUGGCAUGAAAGCACCAUAAAAGUAGUCCAUAUGACUAUUCUACAAGUCAUCCUCUAGCAUUGCUUGAGAAACAGACCGAAAUGUAAGUAAUUAUUUACUGAAAAUCUUCCCCUCUGCUGCAGCUAUCAAAUCUCAUUCUCCAUUCAGCAUAUUCAAACCGGCAUGUCACGUUCGGUUACAACUAGAACUGUUGAUUUAACGCGUUAAUUCGGUGCAAUUAAUUUAAUAAGAAAUAAUGCGUAAAAAAAUGUAUGCAAUUAUUUAUGUCCCCGGACCAUAAUAUGGAAUAUUCCUACCAUCGGAGCAACUCAAGCUUGAAGUACUGCCUGUUUUCAGGAGGGGGCAGUAAGUGAAACUCCAGCUGUAUUGUCAAUGCACAGCUGUACAGAGAACAAACUACACUCAGGCUUGCUUGACACUAGUGACAGCACAAGAUGACAAUGCAUUCAUGCGUUCAAACACAGCUGGACGGAGCGCAAUUUGGAAUGCAGGGAUCUUGAGACGUGUUUUUCUAAGUUUCAAACUACGUUUAACUUGACACAGCGACCUAAAACCUCUUUGUUUAUGAUGCGAUGCAAACAAAGUGAGAUGCUCCAAAAGUGUCCAUCUGACGCAGGUGUACAUUGAAAGUGCCCUUAAAUCAUAAAUCUAUGGAUUGCUGUGAACUGUUGGCCAAUGAUUGGCUUAUGUUCAAUAAUAUGGAAAUAAACAAUAUAUUGCCCUCUAAAGACUCUUUUUGUAUUAUUAUCAAUGCUUUACUCAUCUGACACAGUAAUGUAUUUUGAUAAUUUGGAUUAUUGUAUUUAUAAUAUAUAUGUUAUACUUAUAAUUAUUGAAAUUGUUUAAUCUUUAGAUAUUGAAUUAUUGUAAUUUGAGAGGCUUUCUCUGCAAAUAUUUAUAUAUGCAAAUAAAGGUGGAGCAAGUCAUUUUAAUCCAAUACAGUUUUUGUCAAAUUCCACGAAUAUCUCUUCAUGGUCCGCUAGUUGUCCGUUUGUACACAACCCUGCUACGUAAAUGGGAAAAUAAACAAAGUGGAUCGGACCGAUCCACACAACACUAUUGCAUGUGCAUGAAUUUGGUGUAUGUUUGGCUGUUGAGUUCAAAUAUCAACAGUUUUUCUCAGGAAUCGCUUACUUAACCUUUAAUUCGAUAAAUUAAUCGGCAUGUCAUGUAAUCAAUUCGCUAAAAAACUUUAAUCGAUUGACAGCCCUAGUUACAACACAAGUGAGAACCAAUGGCAUUUGUCAUCUUUAACGUCAAACCUGGCGUGAUGCGUCAACACUCUGAACGUAAAUCCAAAUGAGAUUUCAGAGUUUUGGUGGAGGGUAAGAUAAUCAGUAGAUAAAAGUGUCAUUUUUUUUUCUGUUCCUCACAAUGAACAGUGCUGCGCGAAGAUCCUUAAAAAUGUUUCUCUUUGUGUUUCACUGAAAAAUAACAGAAUACAGGGUUGGAAUGACAGGAGGGUGAGUAAAUGAUGACAGAAUUUUCAUUUUAGGGUGGGAACUAUCCCUUGUUGAAGUUGAAAGACCUCCCCUUCAGUUUAACAAAGCUGAUCCUCGAAAGACCUCUCUGGAUCAAAUGAAAGAAACAUCAGUAAAAUGUCAUUAAACCCUGGCUGUGUGAGAAAGAGGCAGCUCAGGGUUUGGGAAUGUAUUAUUUUGUACAUGCUAGUACGUUGUUUAUACCUGGUCAAAGCAUUAAUGGAAAGUAGCUACCUUGAAAGUUUUCCGAUUAGACCUGUAAUCCAUAAUAAAUCUGUUUAACAUUUACAGUUAGCUUUACAAUGUCUAUGAUAUAUAUAACCUGAGAUCUGAGCCCAGAGAACCCUGCAUAUACGUUUUAAAGGGACAUGACCAAAUACAUAUUAAGCUGCCUUAUCCCUAUGGAAACUCAUUUCUUUAUGUUAUACAUUUGUACUUUUGGCCAGAGAUGGGUUUCCUUCACUUAAAUAUGAUACAAGUUGUAACUGUACAUCGUCAAUGUGAAAUUUAUUUGCACUUUAUUCAUUUGUUGUUGUUUUUUUCAUCAUUGAAACCAUUUUGUUUGUCUCACCGUUAUAUAUGUUCCUAUUCAUUAUUUAAUGAGGUUUGUUGGAACAUAUUGACUAUGUUUUUACUUAUUGGUGGCCAUUUAACCUGUCAGCCUCAGUUUUUGUUUGUUAGUGGGUCACUCAAGCGAUGUAAUCUCCAUCUAGUCAGAAUUAAUUUGCAAAUGAUUUUGGCCCAGUUUCUUUCAUUCCAUAAAACUGCUUUCAAAUGCUUGCAAGUUCAACUGUACAACCUAUCGAACAGGAAUGAAUAACACUGCGAAGAAUCUGCCACAAAGCCUGUUUUGAAGCUUACUUAAAAUGACUGCUGAUUUGAAAUUUAUAUAACUAAAAAUCAUACAGGUGCAAAAUGUCUAUUGUGCUGAAUCGGGUAUAUGACUUUGCAUGUGUAUAUUCCAUCUUUGUCCCUUGUGAACCCUCUUUAAUGUAUCAGUACCACAUGCUCAGAUGCUGAGCAGAACUCCAAACUAUUUAAUCCUAGUGAACUGCAAUGACUGCUUUUGAUGGUUUUCUUUGAAAGCAUUUAUGUUUUAGUUGGUUCAACUUUGUUCUUUUGUUUUACAUAUGUAAACCUGUUUAACAAGUUCCCUGUUAACAUUAGUACAAAAUGAAAGCACUGUUGUAAUUCAAUCUCAAUGCAAAAAAUAUAUACUCUUGUCUCACAUGAUGCAUGGUAUAAUAUCAGUUCUCCUAGUCCAUUUGUGAAUGUGCUGUAUGGGAUUUAAUCAUGACCCUGAUAUUGUCGAGCAUUAGUCUUAAUUUCUGUCAUCACGAGCUCCGCUGAGACAUCUGGAAUUAGAAUGAGCUUAAAUAGGAGACAAAUGGGAGUCUAAAAAAGCAGAUUUGUAUUUUCACAUCAAAUAACUUCAUGAUUCCUCUAAAUUUGAGAGCUUGUACCAGACGGGUGGUACUUUGAAUCCAGACAGCACAAUUCAAGCUAAUUGGACAUAAAAUGUUUGCUUGCUGUGCUGAACCACAUAAUUCUCACUAAUACUGCACCUUGUGUUCAGCAAACACUGGGGAACAACCCAUUGCACAUUUGGUACAUUUCUAUGCUUUAACACGGAAUACGAUGACCCUUUCGGAAGUCUUUUUCUUUGACAGAAAGCAGCUUUUUUCCUUAAAGAAAUAUUGCGGGUUCAAUACAAGUUAAGCUCAAUGGACAGCAACUGUGGCAUAAUGUUGAUUACCGCAAAAAUGUAUUUCGACUUAAUUCCUCUUUUUCUUUAAAAAAAAAGCAAAAAUCUUGGUUGCAGUGAGGCACUUAUAAUGGAAGUGAAUAGGGGCCAAUGCGUUAAUGUUAAAAUACAUACAGUUUCAAAAGUAUUGCAACAAGAUGUAAACAAUAUGCAAGUUAACUUGAUGUUAAUGGGAUAAAAUCACUUACUAACCUUUUUUGUGUAAAGUUAUAGCCAAUUUUGCAUAACAACAUAAUGCCAUAAAAACGAAAUCCCCAAAAUGAACGUAAAAACAAUUUAAACAAUUUUACAGCUCAAAUAAUACACAAGUGUUAACAGAAUAAUUAAUGUAAUUGCUUUUAAAAAAUAUUAAGCUUCACAUUUCUGCUUUUACGCCCUUUAAAAAUUGGCCCCAUUGACUUCCAUUGUAAGUGCCACACUGUAACCUCCAUUUUUGCUUUAGAAAACAUUUCUCUUCAUGUUUAUACAAAGAUGAAUAGUGGAAAUAAACAAGAAAAAAGAUACCGUACACUGUUAAAGGAUUCUUCUUGGAGAUAAUAUUUUACAGAAAAUAACUGUGGCUUUUGAACAAUGACAAUAUAAAAGCCAGUUAUUUAAUUUCGCUAACUUAUCUUUGUAAUAUCACACUUACUAUUUUUCCUCACACAGUAAAAUCAGAUCUUUCUUUAUAGAUGCAUAUAUAAAGCUGUGUGACGAGGAGGAGGGCAUGGCCGGGCCGUGAGCACGCACGCCAGGCGCUGAAUUGUCCUAAUCAGCUGGGAACUGGCUGAGCAGUCAAUGUAAACUUUUAAUAAACAAAUGAACAAAGCACAACAUAAAACUGCUUCCCAGCAAAAAAAAAAAAAACAAAAAAAAAAAACAAA